AUGAACCAGAGUACAAUUACACCUGCCCUUCAACCGCCGGUGGGCCAAACAUCAAACUUCAUUGAUCCAGUUUCAAGUGGCACUAAGUUUCUGGUGAUUAAUUGCAUUUUCUUGCCUCUGGCUUUUCUUGCCUUAGGUAUAAGAACAUGGACUCGAAUAUUUGUUGUACGAAGUUUCCGUAUGGAUGAUUUGCUGAACUGGGGCCUGGGAAAACACAUGUGGGACGUUCCACUCACUUCAGUCUCGCCACACUUCAAUAAGAAAUACAAGCUUAACUUGAUUGCGGCUAUUAUCUACUGCGCAGCUACCGGAUUUACCAAGUGCUCUGUACUCGUCUUCUACCUUCGCAUUUUUCCUAGUCGGAAAUUUCACACAGCUGUUUGGACACUGGUAUUUAUUGCCGCGGGAUACAGUUUCGCCAGCAUUCUAGCCAACAUCUUCAGUUGCAAUCCUAUUGCUAAAUCUUGGGAUGAGACAAUAAUAGGCGGAACCUGCAUCAAUCGACCUGUAUUCUAUUUUGCAAAUGCAGGCCUGGGUAUCUUUACAGAUUUCGCAACGUCCCUGGCUUCGUAUAUUGCAAUUACCAAUGCGACAGAAAAUCGCAGUCGGUAUCAUUUUAGCAAUGGGAUGCUUCGUUGGAAUAGGUCAACUACCAAUGCACUCAUGUGGUGCACUAUUGAACUGAACCUGGGAAUCGUCGGGGGCAGUGUCACAGCAAUCAGACCCUUCAUUAAGAAAUAUUUCCCAGAGCUGUUGGGCAGCACUAAGUCAUAUGCUACAUCGAGAUCUCGCAAAUACGGUCAUCCCCUCGGAUCUACGAGCGCCCAGGCCAGUAAACAACUCAAUUUGACGAACCGAGAGAACCGUUAUACAGUAACAACGCUUACUACACUCCGAGGACCGGAUAAUGAUAGUGAAGAGUUCAUACUAUCGAACAUUAAGCCUGAAGGUCAGGCUACAGACUCCGGCAUUAUCCGGACAGUUACUUUUGACGUGAAAAAUACUUUGGAAGCGGAAAGUCCAUUGUGA